AUGAAAAUUAAAGUAUAAAUAUUUAAAGUAUUGUGAGUCCCACAAUAAAUAGAAUGGUGAUUCAAAUUAGUAGAAAAUCAUGAAAUCAUGAUUCCAUCACAAGCCUAAUUUGUCUGACGGGAAGAAAAUGAUUUUGACCAGUAAAGAAAGAAUUAACAAUUUGUGGCAGAAGAUGGCUAAGAUAGAGAAGAUACUAAAGUUUUUUUGA